AUGGUUUAUUUCUUAAACUACAUGCAAGGAAAUUUUAUUAGUCUGGACUCUUUAAGUAUUACAUUGUCGAGUUCACCAAUUGCUUUGGCUUCAUAUAUUUGGAAUAUCAUAUCUGUGGGAACUGAUUUAGAAGAGUACAAUAACCAAUUAUUUGGUGCGCUUCAAAACAUGGAUGAAGAAAAACUAAUCGAUGUUGUUAUGUUAAUGACAAUCUCUCAGAGUACGACAAAUUCCAUCAGAUCUCUCCAACAGUUUGUCCCUAUGCCACUCUACCAGUAUCCUAUAAGCACCAAGGUUCCAUGUUCUUGUCCCAAAUUUACCAAACAAAUAUUUUAUCAAGCCUCUUGGAUAUACAAGGAUAAGUUCACGAAUGUAGUUCAGGCUACCAAUUUUCAAGAAUGGGGACACAGGAUGUUAUUCCAAACGGAUAAGA